GGUAUGAUGGGUGUAGUGGGCUGGAUGUUGCUGCUACUCUCCCAGAUGAUGGUGCCUGUGGCGUCUCAGAAGCCUCCAGGGCUCAGUGUGGGUGUGAUCAUGGGCCAGACACGCCAUAUUUCUGAUCAGGAUCUCCGUCCACCUCGGCGCCCUGACGAUGCCCUCGACAUCUCUGUGGUAAUACUGAGGAUCAACCAGACUGACCCAAAGUCUGUUAUUACACAGGUGUGCGAGCUUCUGUCACGCACACGUCUCCACGGCAUUGUGUUUGCCGAUGGCACCGAUCAGGAGGCCAUUGCCCAGAUCCUUGACUUCCUCUCUGUUCAGACGCAACUUCCAGUCCUGGGAGUCCACGGAGGCUCCUCUAUGAUUAUGGCUGACAAGGAUGAGAAGUCCACGUUCUUCCAGUUCGGCGCGGCUCUGCAGCAGGAGGCUCUGCUCAUGCUUUCCAUCAUGGAGGAGUAUGACUGGCAUGUUUUUUCUAUCGUCACUUCCAAGUUCCCCGGGUACCAGGACUUCAUCAGCACACUGAAGAUAACUGUGGAUCACAGCUUUGUGCGCUGGGACCUGCAGAGUGUGGUGACUCUAGAUGCUGUAGAUGGCGACCCAAACUCUAAAUCACACAUUGCCCUCAAGAGGAUCCAGAGUCCUGUUAUACUGCUGUACUGCUCCAAGGAUGAGGCUUUGUAUAUACUCGAGGAAGCUCGGUCCUUGGGCCUGAUAGGAGCCGGUUACAUUUGGAUUGUGUCCAGUCUCACCACUGGGAACCCAGACUUUACCCCAGAGAUGUUUCCCCUGGGUAUGAUCUCCGUGUCCUAUGAUGACUGGGAGUACCCGCUGGAUUCGCGGGUACGGGAUGGGGUGGGCAUCAUUUCCUUUGCAGCCACCUCCAUGCUGCGAGAGAAGGGGGAGCUGCCAGAAGCCCAGAGCAGCUGCUACAGCACACCGUCAGACAGGAGCCCAGGGAAGCUCCCACCUAGUGCCCUGCGCAGACACAUGAUGCAUGUAUGGAACGAUGGCCGAGACUUAUCCUUUACUCCAGAUGGUUACCAGGCCAACCCCAAAUUGGUUGUCAUCGUCCUGAAUAGUGAAAGGAAGUGGGAGAAGAUGGGCCGUUGGGAGAACGGGACGUUGUCGUUGAUGUUCCCAGUGUGGCCGAGGUAUAACUCCUACGGGGAUGAGGAUGCAGAUGAAAACCACCUCUCCAUCGUCACCCUGGAGGAGAAACCUUUCGUCAUUGUCGACAAUGUGGACAUCCUCACCGGCACCUGCAUGAGAAACUCUGUGCCCUGCCGCAAGCAUGUCAAAGAUAACAGCACAUCAGGAGGUUCCUACAUUAAGCAGUGCUGCAAGGGUUUCUGCAUCGACAUUCUGAAGAAGAUAGCAAGGAACGUUAAGUUCACUUAUGACCUUUACCUGGUCACAAAUGGGAAACAUGGCAAGAAGAUCAACAAUGUGUGGAACGGCAUGGUUGGAGAGGUGGUGUAUAAGAAGGCAGUGAUGGCUGUCGGUUCAUUGACCAUCAAUGAGGAGAGGUCAGAGGUCAUAGACUUCUCCGUGCCCUUUGUGGAGACUGGCAUCAGUGUCAUGGUGUCACGUAGCAAUGGGACCGUCUCUCCUUCUGCCUUCCUCGAGCCCUUCAGUGCAUCAGUGUGGGUGAUGAUGUUUGUGAUGCUGCUCAUCGUCACAGCCAUCGCCGUCUUCCUCUUUGAGUUUGUCAGUCCGCUGGGCUUCAACCGCAACUUGGCCCAAGGCAAAGACCCACAUGGUCCGUCAUUCACCAUUGGUAAGGCCAUAUGGCUGCUGUGGGGUCUGGUGUUCAACAACUCUGUGCCUGUGCAGAACCCAAAGGGCACCACCAGUAAGUUCAUCGUAUCAGUGUGGGCCUUCUUUGCUGUCAUCUUCCUGGCCUCCUACACUGCCAACCUGGCUGCCUUCAUGAUCCAGGAAGAGUUUGUGGACCAAGUCACUGGACUGUCUGACAAGAAGUUCCAGAGUCCAAACUCCUAUUCCCCUCCAUUUCGCUUCGGGACGGUUCCUAACGGCAGCACCGAGCGAAACAUCAGGAAGAACUAUCCAGAUAUGCAUCAGUACAUGACCAAAUACCAUCAGAGUGGCGUCCAGGAUGCGCUGGUCAGCCUCAAGACUGGAAAGCUGGAUGCUUUCAUUUACGACGCCGCAGUGCUGAACUACAUGGCGGGAAGAGACGAUGGCUGUAAGCUGGUCACCAUCGGCAGCGGUUACAUCUUUGCCACGACAGGUUAUGGUAUCGCCCUGCAGAAAGGAUCCUACUGGAAACGACUGGUUGAUCUGGCCAUACUGGGCAUCAUAGGAGAUGGUGAGAUGGAGGAGCUGGAGGCCCAGUGGCUGACUGGGAUCUGUCACAAUGAGAAGAACGAGGUGAUGUCCAGCCAGCUGGACGUGGACAACAUGGCAGGUGUCUUCUACAUGCUGGCCACAGCCAUGGGCCUGUCCAUCCUCACCUUCAUCUCUGAACACCUUUUCUACUGGAGGCUGAGAUACUGCUUCACUGGGGUCUGCACUGGGAGGCCGGGUCUGCUCUUCACUAUCAGCAGGGGUAUAUGGAGCUGUAUCCAUGGCGUUCAUAUAGACAUGAAGAAAAGGAAUCCUGAGCUCGACUUCAGUCCUCAAGCCAACAUGCUGCAUCUGCUCAAGUCUGCCAAGUCAAUGGCUUUGUCUUCUCCCAAACGCAACACUGUCCUCUUGCAGCCUAGCAUCCUAGAUGUCAUGACGGGGAAAGGUAACUCACUCCAUAGUCUGCCCCCGAAGGGUCCUGGUCUCUAUAGCAACGCCGCUGGUCCACAGGGUUUCCUGUCAUUGUCCGGGCGACACAAAAACCUCCUCAACAACGCUGCGCCAUUUCCCGUACAACAAAAAGCCCCCACUCUUCAGACCAGCCCCAACAAGCCCCAGCUGUCAAUCACCAACGACAACGGCAAGACCCGCCUCGCCGGGCCGGCCUGCGCUGCGUCAAAACCACGAGCCCUGUGGAAGAAAAGUGUGGAGACACUGAAGACCCAACCUACUGUUGUAUCUCCAGGCCCCGGCCCAAGCCCCUCCCCAACAGCUGGCCCGGGACCUCCACCAAUGAAGAGCCAGCGCUACCUGCCUGAAGAGCCGCCGCACUCUGACAUCUCAGAGUGCUCCAGCCGGCCGCCGUCACACAAAGAUUCUGAUUCCAUGGGGGCGAGGGGUGGAUUCAAGCCUAUCAAUCAGCUGAGGAAGAGGGGUGGGGGAGGAGGAGGUGGGGGCGGAGGAUCUAAGAUCUACUCCAUUGACUCUGACCAGGCCAGUCUACAGUCCGCUCCCCCCUACCAGCGAGACAGCCAGGGGGGAGGUGACGACCACGGUUACCCCCCUGACCUGUUUCCACCUGACAGCACAUACUCACACCAGGCAGACGCACCCAUUUUGCAGCUGAGCGCCAGCCUGCUGCACCACAGUCACAGCGCUGAGGCUGACCUGCACUCUCUGAAGGACAAGAAAUACAGCACGUACACACACAGCAGUGGGAAGGACAAGGCUGGAGGUUCAUUCGAUGCUCCAGGUGCAGGACAGGGGACACAGGCCGUCAGGCCCGGCCACUGUCGCUCCUGCCUGACCAAGCUGAGUGGUUACUCCGGCCUGUACACUGUCCGUUCGCCGCAGGCCCGCUGUGAUGCCUGCGCCCACCUGGGGAACCUGUACGACAUCAGCGAAGAUCACCUGCACUCACACUACUCCCACACGCACACGCACCCACACAGCGGGGACAUGUUUACACACUACCUUCCCCAGAGUGAGCUGGGCCUGGUGGGCGAAGGGGACGGGCUAGUCAGCCAUUUCGAGCCCUCCCCAUCCUCACCAUCUCCUCUGCCCACCUCCUCGUCGGCCCAGCACCUUCAGCUGAGUCGUCAGCACUCCUAUGAGAACGUGCUUCCAGACGGUAUUCCGGAGCGGCAGCCGCAGCAGCACACCCACCUGCGGGGGCUGAGCCUGCCUGACAGAGAUAGGGAACGGGAGCUGACCCUGGACGAGGGGGCCUAUGCUAAUGUUCUCACAAUGCGCUCUGAUCGUCCGUUCAGCAGCCGCAGCCCCCCCUCUCCGUCACCCUCCCAUCACCAUAGUCUGGACACCCCAAUGCCCCUCCCCCGGCGCUCAAAGAGUCUCUUCCCUGAUCGUCCCUCUCACAACCCUUUCCUCCAGUCAGCCCCUGGCACGACACAACGAGAUCCCGCCCCCCAGGCUGUCACACGCAUGCCACAGAGAAGUUCCGCCCACGAGCUCUAUAAGCAGCGAAUGCCGCUGUCGCUUACCCUAGGUAACCAUGGCAGCCAUCACAACAACCAGCAUGGCGGCCAUGUCGACCAACAGGUGUUCUACCCUCAACAGGAGCCCCCCAUGGUGGCCUACAUGGUCCCACCUGCUGCCUCUCAGCCAAUGAGCUAUGUGACAGCACCGCGAGCCUCGAGCGCAGGCGGCAACAGGCCCCGGCUCUACCGCCGCAUGCCCAGCAUCGAGUCUGACGUCUGAGAGUCACAUGCGAUACACUUACUCUCACUGAAACACACUAGCACACACGCAUGCAAGACAGAGGUGUGUGUGACCGGACCAGGCAGCUCUGAUUCUAAGCACAUAUACAGAAACACACACACAGACACGCACACAGGUGAAAGAUAGGGAAGUUCUGCUCUUGACUAAAAGGUUAAUGGUGAUGCUGAGUAAAUAAAUCAUUGUUUCUUUAUCACACCCUCUGUAGGGCAGGGUUGAGGCCACAGGGACACCUGGAGGCACAAUACAAGAUGAAAAGUGUGUGUGAGUGUCAGUGUGUGUACUAGCCUCAAGCUGUGGGCAACGAGGCACAAACUGACAAUAAGUCUGACAAGACAGAUCGAAAUCCUGGUGGAAUAAGAGGGACACUGUACACGGAGUCUAACUCCAACAGUGGGAUCAGAUGGAAGAUACAACAGUGUGUUUGGAAGACGAGCCGACUUGUCCUGCCCUCUCACCAGCCUCUUGGAAAUGAAGGGGACACAGACAACCCCUUUCUCUCUGAGAUUACACACAAACACAUAUUUCAACUAAACACACCCGACCCUCUCCAGGACUCUCCUGUUGCACUAUGAUUUCUGCAGUCAACCCGUAUGUUGUCUGAGCCUCCAAACUGCACUGCCAGCAUGGCUUAAAGAGUAGUAAACUACACUAGAGUAAUCCUUGACUUGAAUGAAAAUUACUAUAUUUGUAAUAGACUAGACUGGGACGGCGGGCAGCCGGUCAGGACAAAGGUCUGAGAAGUGAAUCAGCUCCUGCCCGCAGAUGUACAAACACUCGACCACACACACACACACUGUGUCUGUUUUUGAGGGAGGAAGUAAAAACUACCGACUGUUUGUUAUUGUUGAUGUCACCUAAUUGAACAUUCCAAAAAAUGGACCAAACAUGGCCGCCAGUAAAAGCCUAUCAGGAUGACGGUGUGUGUUCUAGUGUUUCUAGAUCUACAGAAAUACAGUAUAGCAUCCUUGCUUCCUCUCUUAGCUAGCCUUCAGGUCAUACUGCAUGCUUCCUACUGCCCUGUGUUACAGUUAAACUCCUAUACAGGGUCAUAUAUGCACACAGGCACACACAUAUAUGCACACACACAUAUAUGCGCACACACACACACACAUGCACAUACGCAGUAGUCUAGGAUAGUAGUUUAGGGUGGGUGUGUGUGUCGGAGCUAUGAGAUAGCUUCUCUUUGUGCACUUUGUAGAUUUUAUACCCUGCCACCUAACACAGACGUUUGACCAAAAACACUUUUAUACUGAAAAUGAAUAUGAAUAUUCUCGAUCAUUCGCUGGAUAGAUGUUUUCUUUUCUCUUUUUUCUCUUUGACAUUGGGUUUUAGGGCACUGUUAAGGGCACAGUUCUGUCAUUUUCCAUUGUGAGGUCAGAAGUUUUACAGUGUUAGAUAAUGGGUACAGCAUCAUACAGUAUACAAACACCAACUCUUAAUCUUUCUCUUCUUUUUAUAACUUUUACUGAGCUCAUCUCUCUAUCUAGCCUUUCCCUCUCCCGUCAUCAGCUCUUUUUUUAUUCUCUUAAUGAAAUCCUUUGUCUUUUUGCUUCUUCCCUGCUUCCUUCUAUUGAGUAGAUUGAGUAUCGGCAGAAUAAAGUUCAGUCGUGGUGUUUAAAAUUCAACAUAUUCUUCAAAUCACUGAAUAUCAGUAGUCGUAAAAACUCAUCAAAUUCAACACCGGCUCUCUUAGGAUACAGUACUUUUUUCUAAUAACUUUCUAUGUUGAACAAAAGAACUUGAGGCCCAUUUUAAUGUUUCCGUAGUGAAUUUAGAGGCUGAGUGCAUCACUGUUGCAGAUUUACUCAGCAAAUUAAUACUCCUGGACGAGCUGGUACAUGUGUGGCUCUCUGUUGGCGAGAACACGGAGCUGUGUUUCAGCAGAGAGUCACGUGGCAAAGCAGAGAGUUUGCAAAGUGAC